UCUUCUAGCCCAAAGUAACGGAGCCCUUCGAGCAGUCAUGGAGGAAACCAAGUGGGCGGCAAAAGACGCAUCGUCUGCCAUAAAAGUUCUCCAGCUUGAUCCUCCUCGAAAUCCAGUCGUUUCCUCCCCUUCGAUUCGUCCUCUUGCUUUACCAUUUAGGAAGAAGAAGGCUCAAAGGCUAGUUAGUUUGUGUAUUGGAGUCCUUGGUCAACAUUUAGAGGAUAUCAUUGCAGACAUAUUGGAGAUUGCUGCAGAAUUUCCAGCUGAUAUCAAGUUGGUACUGUUGGCAAUUGCAAGGAGGAGACAAUUACUGAAUGACGAUGUACUUGUUGCACUAGCUGACAAUAUGUGGGAGAUUUUAGACAUCUCUGGUUCUAAUGUUACUGAUAUUGGCUUGUCAAAAGUAUCUCAGAUAUGCACUAAUUUGAGAGCUGUUGAUAUAAGCCGGUGCGACAAAAUUACUGUUGCAGGUGUGACAGGCCUCUUUGAUCAUUGCCGUUCAUUGGCAACAUUGAGAUGCGGAGGAAGCCCGAGGAGUGAAUUUACUGCACGUAGAUGCUUGAGUAUCUUGAAGCCUAAAUUAGAUAAUUUGGAUGGAGAAUCAUGGGAGGAGCUGGAGAUCAUGGAUAUUGGCAAUGGCGCUCAAUCACUGCGCUGGCUUGUGUGGCCUAAGAUUGAUGAGGAUUCAAAAAUGACCUUAGCAACCGAAUGUUCUCGCAUCUGCGUCAAUCCGCAAGGAUCGAUCGGUGUUCGGGGCGUUCGAGUUCCUGCGGAAGCCAUGCACUCUGUAGCACUUGACCAUCAUGUUGUGGAGGACAUCGAUCCCAAAACAUGGGCAGUUUCAGGCAUCAGCCAUGCUCGGAAAACUCCCAUUGCAUCUGCGGAGGCGGAGGCCGAGGCGCCGGAGAUGAGCAUUGCGGAGAAGUUCAGAUUGGCUUUCAUGGAGAGGGAUGCCAAGUUAGCUCCAAAGAGAGCAAAGAAUGCAAGACAGCAUAGAAGAAGGGCGGAGAAGGAGCUGUUGAUGAGCAGCACAACCGCCAAGUCCCUUGCUCUAGCCUCUCAAGCAGGCAAGUUUCUCAACAAUAGAAGCUGAUCAUAAAAUAUGGCAGAUUGUAUACUAUUGUGCUAUGUGAGAUAAGUGUUAUCUAUGGACUGGGAUGAGCAAUUUAAGUCGGUUUGUGUGGAAUAGAUAUUGUUAAAGCAGGUUUAAUUAAUGAUGGUUUUCUUGUGUUUUGUUCUUUGAAA